CUUUUUUCUCUUCACUAUCAGUUUAUUAUUCCGCAGUUCUUUCCUUGUGCGCUAUCGUCUCUUCUGUUCCUUCUCUUCUACCCAAAAGGCCGACUGAAAAAUGUUGUCAGACGUGUUGGAGUGGUUGUUACCUGUGUACAAAAAUUCUGAUCCAAGAACCACAGAUUGGUUCUUAGUUUCACAACCAGGAUGUAUCUUCACGAUAGUGAUUGCCUAUGUUUACAUAUGCACUUCGGCAGGCCCAAAGUAUAUGGAAGACAAGCAGCCCUACACCUUACGAAAAACUCUGAUUGCAUAUAAUUUGUUUCAAAUUCUGCUAAGCGCUUACUUGUUUAAAGAGGGUAUCAUAGCAUACGGGAUGAACAACUACAGCUACUGGUGUCAACCAAUUGAGUAUUCAGACACCCCAGCAGCGAUGCGAAUGGCCACUGCCACGCACCUCUACUUUAUCUGCAAGCUCAUCGACCUUCUAGACACGGUGUUCUUCGUGCUUCGAAAAAAGAAUCGUCAGAUAUCUUUCCUUCAUGUUUAUCAUCAUGCUUCGAUGGUCGUUUUCGCGUGGAUCGGAGUCCGUUACUUUGCAAGUGGACAUCCAACGUUUCUAGGACUAAUGAACUGCUUCGUUCAUACUUUUAUGUACAGUUAUUACUUGCUGGCAGCCUUUGGGGCAGAAAUCCAAAAGUAUUUGGUGCACUGGAAGAAGUAUUUGACAUUGCUACAAAUAGUGCAAUUUAUUAUAGUCGGCCUCCAUAGCGGACAGGUUCUGUUCACCGAUUGUCACAAAGUCCCAAGUUUGUUGGCCAUCCUAAUUGUGUUGAACUCAUCAUUCUUCGUAUAUAUGUUCUCUUCGUUUUACGUACAUAAUUACUUUGAACCUAAUGUUAAAAGUGCAAAAACUGUUACUGGUUUCCCCAAUAACUCCAUGAUUCGGAAAACUGAGUAAGGUAUAAUCGAUGGCCCCUAACAAAAUUUACUCAACUAUAAAGAGGUUGAUUAUAAGAGCUUAACUAUGGCGCUCCGACGAUAGAUUUUGCUGAAACUCCUAAGCGUACUUCUU